CGAGCUCGUCCCUCUUCUUCAGCCCGGGGUCUCGCGGCUACGCGUAAGGCACGAUCAAAAACAGUCAGCCGCAACUGCAAUUAACGUUAUUUACUUAUCCUGCACGUCGGGUUAGUUUUCCAAAUUGGCUACACACAUGAUCAGAUUAACGAAGUUAAUACAGUACCUCAAACAUUAGCAAACUAAUGACAUCUGGCGUUCAGAUACGUUACCGAAUACAGCACGGACGCCAUUCCGACCCAGGAGCUACCGCACCAUCGGCGAGGCGACGGUGGAAAGACCUGCGAUCUGUAGAGUAGAGCGUCUGCAAAGUUGUCAGUUUAAGAAUAACAGCUAACCGACUGCUCGACCGGACACGCAUGGGUGGCGUCGCAGAUCAGGCGACGUUGUACUUCCUGAAAACGCGGCGUGACGGGACGGUGGCCGCCAGGGGACAGUGCGCGGAUUACCCACGCGGUCGGACGCGGGAUUUGUUUUGGGUUUAUUUAUUUUUCGACUAACCUUCGGAUUUAAACGUCCUGUAGUUGCAAUACCGCGUCGGGUCGAUGUUUGCGAAUUAACAUGAAGCGAAAAGGGGAAGAGAGCGGCGCAGAGGGCGAUGUGGACCGCGAGUUUCUGGACCGAGUCCUCAACCAGCUGUAUGAUUUUGGAGAGGGGCGACACAGCAAGCGGUCCAAGAAGAAGAGCGACAAAAGGAGGAAAAGAAGAGGUGAGGAGGAGGAAGAUGAGGAGGAGGAGGAGGAAGAGCUCAAUGAGAAAAUCGGCGGGGUAAAAGCAGAUUCAAGUGGCGCGACCGUUGUCAUUGACGACAGCAGCCACGAGUCCCAAAACCCGGUACCGGCGCGGCAGGAGUCAGACGUGGAGAUCGUCACGUUCCUGGAUCCCCUAAAGAAGAACAAACCGGCCAAACCGGAGACUAACCCCCCUGAAGUAAAGGACCACAGGAAAAACCCACAUGAAGCUCUAAGUAUAGAAAAGGCCCGGCUGGACGUCCACCGGUUCGGACUCGCGGGCUUCCAGAAACCGCAGCAAAGAGUGUUUGAGCAGGAGCGAGCCAUAAUGCUGGGAGCCAGGCCUCCAAAGAAGGAGUAUGUGAAUUACAGAGUAUACCAGAAUACGAUAAAGGAGAAGAAGGCGAAAGACGCAGAGGAGGUGAAGUCCCGCGCGCGGAGGACGAAGAAGAAAGCUGGAAAACGGAAAGCUGACGGAUGCAGGGCUGCCCCCUCCGGCAGGGAGCCCGCCGGCCUGCUGGGACGCUUCAAGGGCGGCGUCCUGUUGCUGAACCGUGGAGACAUUCAGAAAGUGACCAGCAAGCGAAGGAAGUGAGCGAGCGAGAGAGCGGCGAGCGUGUGCACGCGAGACCCAGCCGCCGUGGGAAGGAUUCGCUUGCUGACUGCUCCGGGACUAUAACGAACGUGGGGGAGCUCCGAAUUGCCUGCACACUUGUGUUUUGUUUGUUUGUUUGUGUUUUUGUGAUGUAGAGGACGUGAUUAAAAAAAAACAGACCACGACACAC